UGGAUGAUCAUUUACCCCUGAUGCGCAGAGUUGAGGACUAGUGUGUGGACAGCGCCUUAUCAGCUUGGAAAACUGAUUGUUGCGCAUAUUACAGCAACAACAUAUACGAUUUGGGUCUGUGGCAAUGGAACCCUAAUAUCUCGUGCGGAUGUCCUAAUUUAUGGAUUGAGUAAUACUGUAACCGACCUUGUCAUUCCUACUCCAAAAGUUGUGCUGAGGGAUUCUUUAUCUGCUAUCAAGCACCUGGGAGGAAAAUGUGGAGAUUUACGAAUUUAUUAGCUUGCCUACUGGUGGUGUGUAAAGAUGCCACUGCACAGAGUAAGAUCUUUGGGGAGACAGAGCCGGUGCGGAUGACAUCGGAGGGCUCAGACUGUCGAUGUAAGUGCAUCAUGAGGCCACUGAGCAAGGAUGCGUGCCAGCAUCUGAGGAGCGGAAAGGCACGGGUGGAGGACUUCUACACGGUGGAGACCGUCAGCUCUGGAUCGGACUGCAAGUGUUCCUGCACAGCCCCUCCCUCAUCCCUCAACCCCUGCGAGAACGAGUGGAAGAUGGAGAAGCUGAAGAAACAGGCCCCAGAGCUUCUCAAGCUCCAUUCCAUGGUGGACCUACUGGAGGGGACGCUGUACAGUCUGGACCUCAUGAAGGUUCACUCCUACAUCAAUAAGGUGGUCUCCCAGAUGAACACACUAGAGGAGACAAUCAAGACCAACCUGACUCGGGACAAUGAGUUUGUAAGGGACAGCAUGGUCACUCUGACAAACCAGUUUAAGAGGUAUGAAAACUACUCAAACAUCAUGAUGAGCAUCAAGAAGGAGAUCUCCAGCCUGGGGCUGCAGCUACUGCAGAAAGACCAAACAGAGACCAAAGCUCAGGACACCAAUGAUGAGAAAACCAAAGAGACCGUAAAAAAACCUAACAAAAAGUCCCCUGCAUCUAAGCCCCCUCCCAAGCCGCCCAAGGAAAAGGUUGUAAAACCCAAGAAAGAGAGCACCAAACCUGGGAAGCCCAUCAAGCCUGACCCCACAGCCAAGGCCAAGGUGGCAGGGCACCAGCCGGGGGUAGUGAGGGGCAUCACAUACUACAAAGCAGCCAAGGUGGAUGGGGACGGGCAUGUCACAGGCGGUAAAGACAACUCUGCCAAGACUCAAACCGUCCAACAUGUCAAAGAGACACACUCGGAGGACGGAGGCGCUGAAAUCAUCUUGGAAACCAUAAAGGGAACCACAGCUGACUCGACAACCACCACAGAAACUGCUGUCACUACCACGACAACAAUGGCAGCAACAACAACAACAACAGCCAGUACCACAAUGCCAUCUACUACCACCACCACCACCACCACCAGGGCAGCAGCAGUAGAGAGGCUAGACAGACCAGCUCCCACCAUCAUGCUCUUCCUGGACAACUCAGACAACAACAGCCGGCCAAUCCUACACAGAGCAGGGAAGAUCCUUGACUGUGAGGGGACCCUGGCGUCUAUCGAGCUACCAGAGAAGCAACACAGCUAUGGGAGGAAUGAGGGAGCAUGGAUGAAGGAUCCUCUGGCAAAGGACUCCAAGAUCUACGUCACUAACUAUUACUAUGGCAACAACCUGGUGGAGUUCCGAAACCUGGACAACUUCAAGCAAGGUCGUUGGAGCAACCUCUUCAAACUGCCUUACAACUGGAUCGGCACAGGCCAUGUGGUGUACAACGGAGCAUUUUACUACAACAGAGCUUUCACCAAAAACAUAAUUAAGUACGACCUAAGGAUGCGUUACGUGGCCGCCUGGACCCUCCUGCAUGACGUGGUUUACGAGGACACCACCCCUUGGAAGUGGAGAGGCCACUCGGACAUUGACUUUGCCGUGGACGAGAGUGGGCUGUGGGUGAUCUACCCUGCCACGGACUAUGACUACUCUCAGCAGGAGGUGAUCGUCAUCAGUAAGCUGGACCCUGGGGAUCUGUCCAUGAAGAAGGAGACAACUUGGAGGACGGGCCUGAAGAGGAACUCCUACGGGAACUGCUUCAUCAUAUGUGGGGUGCUGUACGCUGUGGACGUCUACAACCAGAAGGAAGGGGAGGUGAACUAUGCCUACGACACCCACACCAACUCAGAGGCUAUUCCUCGUCUGCCCUUUACCAACGAAUACGCCUACACCACCCAGAUCGACUACAAUCCCAAGGAGAAGGUCCUGUACGCCUGGGACAAUGGACACCAGAUCACAUAUAACAUACACUUUGUUGACCAAUGAGCACAGGGGUUUUGCGCUCAGGUAAAGUAUAGGCCAUCAGCACUAUGACAAGUUCACUAUCCCCAUAGAGAUAAGAGAGAUGCUCAGUAAUAGAUGCGGUAAAGAGGUCAAUGGAACGGGGGAUAGGAGAAGGAUGCCGGAUUGGGCACGUUCAAAUCUGAUCUAAUGAAGUGGAUAUUCAUCAAGCCCAUUAUCAUUGAUGUAUUGUAACAGGCCUACAAUGUGGUUACUAAAGUCCAAUUUUGAUAUAUUUGGCUGUUUUUGCUGCAUAACAUUUAGAAGUAGUCCCUGUUCAGGUUUAGAAGAAGUAACUGCUAAAUGGUAACUCCCGUUCGUAUAAGCUGGUAGCAUAGCUAGCACUGAGAAAUCUGUGUUGAUAGUCAAUGUUGUUUUUAACUGUAAUGCAGUUCAUUGGUGAUUAUGACAUUAACAUGUGUUGGGGUUGACAUCAUUAUACUCUGAUUUUCACCUCAAAAUAUUGUGAAACACACAUAUAAACAAUAGCCUAAAUGUAGGUUAAUUUUAAUGGGGGGCAGUGAGGAGAUUCGGAUCUUACCCCCCGAGCGUUUCCAUGGCAUUGUCAUUGUAUUGGUCAAGUUCCAUUGACCUCUUUACCAGAUCUAUGGACAGUCCAGCAGUGCCCAUAUUAGAUUCAACAGCCAACAUUCCUCUUUCAAUGCAUACUAACCAAUACACUUGACAGCAUACCAUGCGUCCCGUACUCAACAAGGUUCCUGGUCAAUGUGGACUCUAUAUUGGGAUGCGAUUGUAAAUCACGAACAGCUCAUAUAUUCCACCCAUUUGAUUUUUAUGGCCCAUCAAACUCUUAUCCUGUCACCUAGCACUAUGAUCAUCUGUAAUUGUCAUUUCAGGCCUAUUGACGAUGUUUGUUUUUAAACUUGUAUAAAUGUUGCUGCGUACUGUAGUGUUAACUGUUAAAAUUGUUUCUUUCAGUGAGGACGAGGGAUGCUUUGAGUAUAGAGUACCAGUCAAAAGUGUUGAGUUUUUAAUUAUUUGUACUUUUUUCUACCUUGUAGAAUAAUAGUCAAGACAUCGAAACUAUGAAAUAACACAUAUGGAAUCAUGUAGUAACCAAAAAAGUGUGAAACAUAUCUAAAUAUAUUUGAGAUUUGAGAUUCUUCAAAGUAGUAACGC